CAGAAAUGUCUGCUUGGGACUGGAUUAAGCAAGAGCAGUCGUUAUACAGAUAUAUGCUGCAUGGUGGAGAGAAAGGCGCCUGCUGCUGGCUUUAAAAACGCUGACAGCGUGAGAAGAGCUCCUGCACUGAGCUCCAGCAAACACACACACACACACACACACACACUGAGCCCUGCAUUUCAAAACCUAAUGGCGCCAACGUUGGACACUGGCUUGAUUUAAAACGCGUAUUUUAUGCCGUAUGGAUACCACUGUAGAUUAUUUUUGCUCCAGAAAUGAAUCGGUUACAGUGAAUCAGUUAGGACAGAGCAAAAGGCAUCAGCUUCUAAAAGUUGUUUGAACUUGCAGGAGCAGAGAGGAGCGCACUCGAGACUUUCCCCACAGAGGUCUGAGCGCAUGGAGCGCGCUUUCAUCAAGGGAAUGGAUUCACAGCUUUGGCUUUUACGCUUCGGGUGAAUCGGUGUCUCUUUUUUUCUUUCUUUUUUUUUUAUGAACCCCACCUCCGCUUUCACUGCCGCUGGAUUUCAGUGUUUUCGCUCUGAGAAGCCGUUCAAAUGCUGGAAUGGAUCAGCGUUGUUUGUGUCCUCCUCUUGGUGGCCACGUUCUGGCCAGUGCUCAAACAUUUGGGAGCGUUUUUAACGGGGCCUGAAAUCGCACGAGGAGAGAAGAGCGCAUCGGAGUGUGCAACUGGGACAGAGCCCGUUAAAGUGCACGAGCCGGCAGGUGAAUCAUCAGCCCCUGUCGCGUUCAUCUGCAAGCCCUCGGCACUCGCCAAAUACCUGCUCAAACACUGCGCGAGCUUCUGUAAAUACGUGCCGAACCCGGCGUGGCACUGGCGGGCGAGUCCGUGCUUGCAGACGCUUUUUGGCGCUCUCUGGCCGCACGACUGCGCCGUGCAUUUCAUCCGAGAUUAUUUACAGCUGAGUGACGACGGCCUGGUAGCUCUAGACUGGGCUGUUGUUGGUCCUAAGAGGAGGAGGACUUCAAGUAAUUCAUCUAGCCCCAUCCUUCUGAUCAUUCCCAACUCUUUCGGAAAGCUCACCAGGAACGUCUUGAAGCUCUGUGAGGCAGCUCUGAGUCAUGGCUACCUCCCUGUGGUGUUUAACCGGCGCAGUCAAAAUGGUACGCCACUCAGCACAAUCAAACUACAAGAGUUUGGGGACCCAGCCGAUCUGCGAGAGGCAGUACGGUACAUUCGCUACCGCCAGCCUGCGGGCCGUCUCUAUGCGGUGAGUGAGAGCACUGGCUCUGGUCUACUUCUGUCCUACCUGGGAGAGUGCGGCUCCUCCAGCUAUGUGACUGCUGCUGCCUGCCUGUCGCCCAUCUUCCGCUGUCAGAGCUGGUUUGAGAGUGGUCCUGGCUGGCCCUUCCAUUGGGUUCUCCUGCUCUAUCAGAAGGUCUGCCUUAGCAGGUACAGAACAGUGCUGGGGGAGCUGGUCCAUACUGACAGCCUGUUCUCCAGCCGCUCACUCAGGGCCAUGGAAGAGGCACUGUUCUGUCAGUCUGGUCUGAAGGAGGCACCAGUUGAAGGAGCCUGGGAGGCGUACUGGGAACGCAAUGAUGCACUGAGGGACGUGGACGAGGUGGCAAUCCCGGUGCUGUGCGUGUGCAGCCGUGAUGAUCCGAUUCGUGGUGAAACUCAGUCCACGCUACCCCUAGAGUUGUUUGAGAGCAACCCUCACUUCUUCCUGCUGUUGACGGAAAGUGGAGGCCACUGUGGCUUCUGCACAGCCAGUGAAGAACCUGUGCUCUGGAGCCACCAAGCCCUUCUUGAGUUCUUCAGGGCUACCAGCGACUUCUUUGCCGCCGAAGAGCGGGCCAAGUUGACCGCCAGAUGUCGUGGUGUGAACGUGGGUGCCAAGGUUUUCCGCCAUCGCAGCGUGAGCACCUACAAAAAGUUGCCAGUCUGCUCACACAACAUCCACACCAUCUACAACUGGCAGAGGUCUUACACCAGAUGAUGAUUACUGCCAUACAGCUUGGAGGAGGUUGUUGUUGUUGUUGUUUUUUAAUAGAAAUAAACAUAUCAGAACAUACCAGGCAUAUGUCAGAAUGUUGGUUUGUGGUGGAGAUUUGCAUAUAUCUGCAUAUAUAAGACUGUAUACGUGAAUGAGUCGAGCACUUUACUGUAAGAUAAAGAAGUAGUCAUGUAACAGGGCUUUAUGUUCCACGAUUUACAUGGUGCUUCCCGUAUCUCAUUCCCUCAUCUAUUCCUUAUGUUCAUCUGGAUGGCGGUUGUCUGUUUCACUGCCAUUACAACAUCCUGCAUGUAAAUUGAUAAACACAGAAUUUUCCAUGAGGUAAUGCUCUCAGUAUGUGCAGCUUCUGGUAGGUGGAGUAAUGAGCUGUAACGUUAUCACGAGGCUAUUACGUUUGUGCUAUAAUUCUGAGACUGCUGGGAUAUUUAUGAUUGCCUUGUUGUAUGAUAUAUUAUGUUGUGUGUAAGUAGUUGUCGGAAACUACUGGGUUUUUUUGGCCACACUAAGGUUGCAGGGUUAUAGCAUUCUUUUUUGCGAUGGGUCAAACUAGCUUGUGGUUUUUCACUGAAAACACUGGUGUGCCAGCCUUUUUUAAAAUUUUCACAAUUUGUAACGUGGUGUUACUGUCACAUCUGUUUUUAUUUGUUAAAUUAUCUACAUGCUUGAUGAAAGAGUUUAAUUAAAAGAAUUGAUCUGAAAUCAUAUACUUGAGAUUCACAUUUCUUUAAUUUAAUUAAAACAGUAUUGUAGGUGGAAGGUUUGUACAGAUUUAAACUAUAAAAAAAUUCCACUGCCUUAGGUGAUUUAUUGUCUAGCCAGAAUUCAUUUCAGUGAUGACUCUGUUUAAAUCAGACAUUCCGCAAUGUAGAUGUAGACUGCAGUCGGAGCAGAGCAAAUGUUUGUGAGCUUGACUGGAUGUGAAGGUCUCUGUAAACUAUGUUCUUCUGCUCUCAAUCUGCCUCUGGUAAAUUUCAGUGAUCUCUGAACCCAGCAGUUCCUCUUUUAGAUGCAUAUAAAUUACCUGUCAAGUCUGCAGCAUUAUUAUUUUUUUAUCGGAACACCACCAGAUCUGUGAAUCAAUCUGCUAUGUAGUUAUGAUAUGCUGUUUAUAUGUUUUAUGUGUAGGUGGUUAAAACCUGCUCAAAUGGUGCCUAGAAAGAAAAAAGAGUUAAUAGGUUAAUUUGAUUUGUCCUUUAAAGAGAAGCUGGCGUGACAGUAAUUGUUAAGUCUUGAUUCACUUGAGGUAAAACUGAAAAUUCCUAACACUGCCUCUUCAAUCAAAGAGAUCUCGUUUAAAGAAAAACUGAGAAUGGGAAUCAGCCUUGCCAUGGCUUUUCAAAACCCAGAAUCCUUUCAGGCUGCAAGUGGACAAACUUAGGCGGAAUAUUUUAUAUUAAUAAAAUGUAAUGGCUUGUGACAUGAAAUGCAUUACAGACGAAGAACUGGCAUGACUAACGACUUCGGUGGAAUUUGUAAUAUGCUUACAGUGCCAUCUAGUGGAAAAACAAACUGAUUCAAGAUAAGCAAAUGGAGCUGAGCAAAUGUGUGAAGUGUAGGAGUAAUGCGUGUAGUGCUAUUAAGCAUUCUGAGAGCUCAUUAGUUUUUGCCAGGUAUUUUUCCAACAGCCAAUAUGCAGCUAAAUUUAUAAAAAAUUGUUUAUUCUGGCUUAGGAAAAGAGAAGAGUACAAGAUUGUGUUAGUAUAGUGCAAAUUGUUAGUCUUUUAUUUUUAUCUCACACAUGCAGCACCAUCAUUUUCCAGGUGCCAAUAUCCAAUUCAUUUUAUUUUCAUUUGAAUACCAGUAGUGGCUUUACAUGAUGUUUAUUAUUUAAAUUCACCAUUUGUGACAAUCCCAUACUCUAUGACUUAAAAGCAUGAGUAAUGCUUUGUGUUGCUCUAGACUUUUCUGUGGUUUUAGUCCUACAAUAUAGUGAGCUUAAAAAAAACAACAACCCUGAGACAUAUGGGGUUUCAAAAAUAUUUCAAUUUUCUUCUCACCAGUAACUGAGGUGUCACAAAGCUGA